UUUAAAUAGUACUUUAUUUGGGUAAAAUUUUAAGGCAUUUCUAAACUUCUAAAACACAAUAAUCUACAUUAAAGUUCUGCUUGCACUGCAGGAACAAUAAUAUUAAUAUAUAUUUUUUGACGGGGUCCAAUAUGGAAAGUGUGCACUCUCUUAUUCAUAAUUUUAUUACAUUCUGUUAACAAUAUUUAUCUACUUCGGUGUGAUAUUACCACUUUGGUUACUUGUUUACUUUUAUACUCCCUUACAUUUCUGUAUUUGUACACCAUUUGUGGGACAUAUACUGAACAUAAACACCAUCUAGAGAUGGUGCAAUAAUGCAAAUAAAAAUAAUUAUGUAAAUAUAUUUAUACUUUCUGACAGACCAUUGUGUACUUUUUGCAACCGCGGAAAAUAAAUAAGACAGAAAAAAGCACAAGAUUCAAAUAAAAAAGGUGACACUAAGGCACAAACUCUGAUGAUGUAAUUACACAAAUAUUUUAGAAGCAAUACAGGCCGUCACUGUUCUCAUGGCCUUGUUGGAAAUGUGGCCUUAUUUAUUUUGUAUAUGUAAGUGCAUUUUCCUCACCUUUAGAAAUAACAUUUAUUGUAUCUAUCAGGGUGUCCGCGGGUCCUUAAAAAGUCUUACAUUUAACUUGUUUAUUCCUGUAGAAACCCUGAUCUAUGCAUUGAAUUAUUUUGGAGGAGCAUCUGGAAUACACAGCAACGUGUUAUACUUUUUAAUUUACAUUUAUUUAUUUUUUGAAUUAUCCUUUCCUUUUCUUUUUUUUUAGCAGUAACAUUUGAAUGCUGAAUGUAAGAUUAAAUAAAGCUUCUAUAGCUCGUUAGAAAUAUAUAUAUAUAUAUAUUCUAAAUUGACCAUCUGCUGCCCCGAGGGAAGAACUUCUCUUCGCCCCUCGCUGUUGUCUUCAGGCUGCAGCUCCAGCUCUCCGCCCCUCGCUGUUGUCUUCAGGCUGCAGCUCCAGGUCUCCGCCCCUCGCUGCUGUCUUCAGGCUGCAGCUCCAGGUCUCCGCCCCUCGCUGUUGUCUUCAGGCUGCAGCUCCAGCUCCCCGCCCCUCGCUGCUGUCUUCAGGCUGCAGCUCCAGGUCUCCGCCCCUCGCUGAUGUCUUCAGGCUGCAGCGCCACCUCUCCGCCCCUCGCUGUUGUCUUCAGGCUGCAGCUCCAGUCCUCAGCUGGAAGUCAACACACACGAACAUCCCGGGGCUGAGCGCUUGUGUGUCAGGAUGCAUGUGGGCAGGACCGCGCGCUGAGGACGAGGAGCGGAGGGAGUGGACCGCUGCUCAGAGCCGAACGGGACCCCCGGAGGAAGCGCGACGCCCGAGGAAGCUCAAGUUAGCUGGCUAACUUGCUGCUAUAAUACUACUUUUUGUACUUUUUUUGUUUUUGUUUUUGAAAUGUCCCCUCUCCGCGCUUCGCAAACGGAACGGGACGGUACCUGUUGACGUCCCCCCGGUGCCCAGUCCCCGGCCCCCCCCCCCCCAACCCAAACCCACCUACCCACCCCGGAGCCGUGAGUUAUGCUCUCGCGAAAGAAAAGUAAAAAAGAAGCGUCGAAACCAGCCGAGGUCCAGGGGAAGUAUGUGAAGAAGGAAACGUCGCCGCUCCUGAGAAAUCUUAUGCCAUCGUUCAUCCGUCAUGGACCCACUAUUCCCAGACGCACAGAGGUCCCUCUGCCAGAUAUGGGGCCCUCUUCCUACCCUGCGCCACCCGCCCGGGAGCCGGUUGUGUCCCGCAACAAGAGUUUCCUCCGCGUCCCCGUGCAGAGGCCCCCCCACGAGGUGGCCCGCCGGGAGAGCCACCGAAUGUCCGCGCCGCCGUACCUGCCUCGCAGCCUGGGGGACCUGUCUCACGAAUACGGAGGAUCCUCACAGUCUUUUCUCACAGACGUGAGCCCCAUGUCUGAGAAUGGAGACGCUGGCCGGUAUUACUACCCCCCUGAACCUUACUAUGACAACCAGCAGCAGCAGCAUCAGCAGCAACAGCACCAGCUGCAGCAGCAUCAGCAGCAACAGCAACAGCACCAACAGCUGCUGCAGCAGCACCAACAACAACAACAACAGCAGCAGCAGCAGCAGCGCCAGCCCAUGAGGGCCCUGGAGCGCUUUCCUGAGGACUAUAGAUACUAUGAGCUCAAUGAACACAACUUCCAAAGACUUCCACGGCAACACACUCCCCCAGCUCCAAGCAGACCCCCCUCAGGCAUCGGUCGAAUACAGGCCAAGUCCCUGGGGAACCUCUCCUGCCUGACGGGAGACGACGUCCCCGUUCCGGGCGGCUGGACCGUUGACUGGACCAUCCGUGGCAGGAAGUACUACAUUGACCACAACACAAACACGACACACUGGAGCCACCCUCUGGAGAGGGAGGGGCUCCCCCCGGGCUGGGAGAAGGUGGAGUCGGCCGAGUUCGGGGUCUACUAUGUGGAUCACAUCAACAAGAGGGCGCAGUACCGACACCCCUGUGCUCCGAGUGUGCCUCGCUAUGAUCAGCCUCCGCCCCUCCCGCCUCCCGUGACCUACCAGCCUCGCCCUGUAGACCGGAACCAGCCGGUGCUGGUGCCAGCCAACCCGUACCACACGGCAGAGAUCCCAGACUGGCUGCAGGUGUACGCCCGCGCCCCGCUCAAGUACGACCACAUCCUGAAGUGGGAGCUGUUCCAGCUGGUGGACCUGGACACGUACCAGGGCAUGCUGAAGCUGCUCUUCAUGAAGGAGCUGGAGCACAUCGUCAAGUCCUACGAGGCGUACCGGCAGGCGCUGCUGUCGGAGGUGGAGGCUCGCAAGCAGCGGCAGCAGUGGUACGCCCAGCAGCCCGGCAAGAACUUCAUUGGGAACAUGUGAUGCGUGAGUGUGUGUGUGUGUGUGUGUGUGUGUGUGUGUGUGUGUGUGUGUGUGUGUGUGCGGCGGGCGACGUCGCGCUGCUGCCACGCCUCUCUGAGGUCGCCACAGUUUGGGAGCGGUCGUGCUUUCCCUUUGAAAUCACGAUUGACUCUUAAUUGCCUCUUUUACCAAACACAUCUGUGCUAUCGCUUGAUCCAAAUAUAUAUAUCGGCCCCAGGGAGUUCGAGACGCGCGUUGUCGAGGGGCCCAGUGCCCCCCCCCUCCUCCCCUCCCCCUCCCGUGUGACAGUCAAUCUAUGAAUGACCAUGUGACUGAAAAACACUCCAAUGAAGAAGAAUAACCUUUAAUGUGCGACAUCUGGGACGCAUCGUGGAGCCGGCUGCAGCCGCUGCCCUGAGAACUGCUGAAUGGAUUUUUUUUGUUUUUAAGACCGAGGAGUCUGAGAAACUACGGAUACUUGUUCAAAAACAUCCUGAGAUUGUGCCUUUUUUUUUAAUUCUUUUUUUCGCAGGAAUCUUUACACGCCAGCUACUCCGUCAUUAUUUCCUGUUGGAUAAAUGACUGGCGGCUUCAUCUUAAUUUGUUUCUAUAUGAAAUACUUUUUUUUGCCUUCGCUUUGAUAUAUUCAUAAACUGAAAACCACACUUUUGACAUUAAAUAAAAAGUGAGCGCUUUUUUUCUUUUCUCCUUUUUUUAAAUGACAUAUCCUCAAUAAGACUGUGUGUGUGUGUGUGUGUGUGGACACACCAAGUUUGCCAAACGAGUGUAAUUCAGCUUUUUGGGAUAUUUCGGGCCUCGGUAAUGCCUUUUAUUUUUCUGGACCCACACGUUUCUGUGGAAGAAAUGCACGUUCUUGUUUUUAAUCAAUCUGUUUUUAAGAUAGUCAGAAAUGUGUUUUUUUAUGCCGGAGGUUUUGUCGAGUAGAAACUAUUUUCACAGUUUAAAAAGGAAACUUGUGUUUAAUGGGGAUCUGUUUACGUUGGUGAUUACAAAGCCAAACAAUUCUGAACGUCCUCAGAGGGUUUCUGAUCACGGAACAGUGGCGUUUGUUCCAGGGAGGUCUUCACUAUGCAAGAAGGCCUCGUCACUUUGUACAUAUCUGAGUUUGUGGAUCGCAAAUACAGAACAUAAGCAAUAAAGUCUGCAGUGAAGAAAAAUACA